CUGAGACGCUCUCCCGGCUCUGAGCCGGGAAGUGGCGAGCAAGGGCCGGGCUGAGCCCCGGGAUUAGGGCGCAGCGGCUGGGGGUUGUUGUGAGCCCAAGGGCCUGGCUCCCCCGGGGGCUGGGAGCCGGGAACGAGGGCCUGCUGGGAGGCCGAGGGGCAGAGGCCUCUCUGGGCCCCUGAGCGGGCGUGUCCGUCAUGUCCCGCGCUGGCUCCUCCUGGGAUCUCUAUGCCUUGGAGGAGACGGAGGAAGUGACCCAGACGCUGCACCAGGUCUACCAGGGCAUCCUGGCCCCGCUCUCCCUCUUCCAGCCUCCUUCAAAGGGGCCCCCAGGAGUCUCACAGCCCACCCUAGCCCCGGCCCCACCCAGCCCCCAGCUCCAUGGUACACCGGAGACUAGUUCUGCCGAGCCUCCCAGCACCCCGGAAACCAGCCACAUGCUACCAUCUGGCUCCCCAAAGCCUCCGGUGCCUGCAUUCUCUAUCCCCGUUUCCCUAGCUGCUCUGACCCAGUUGAUUGAAGGGCGCCUUUCUUUGGGCAGGGAGUCGUUGCCCAUCUCCAGCCAGGCAGGACAGGUCUUCAAGGAGAUCAUUCUGGCAGAAGUAAAAUUCGCCUGGGAGGAUGCCAAUCAGUCACUCUCCAGCCCAGCCCUCAGCAGCUGGCAGAACAAGGACCUAUACCAGCAUCUGGUGUCAUACAUCACACUUGUCUCUGAACACCUCUUCUUCCACUAUCUCUGCCUGAUGGAGCUCCACCGGGGCAUGGCUGUCUUCACUGACUAUGCCAACCUCACCCGCUUCGCAGCCCAGCUCUCUCUGGACUGCUCCAGUCUCCUCAACAUGGCUGCCAUCCAGCGACAUCUCAUUGCAGAGCUGAAGACCCCGCAGAACCACCUUUUUCUUGACAGCAAGCCAGCUCGGCCAGAGCGAAAACGGCCACCACAGAGAGGCCGGCACUCAGCCAGAAGCAGUAUGGGCUGCCGCCUCGGCCUCACCAUCAGUCACUUCAUCAAACUGACCAGGCCCCACAUGCAGACAUGCAGGCAGAAAAUCGCAAAGGAUAUAAAAGAACUUGAGGAGAUACCCCCACUGGACUUAAGCAGAGUCUAUCACUUGAUCCCUAAUGUAGAGACUUUUGACAGCUGCUUUACCAACCUGCCAUGUGUAGCAGUGAGAACCCCCUGCUCCUGUACCCCUGCUUCAGAAGAUCAGGAAGUCACAAAGAGGGUCAGGCAUGAGGCUGGCUCCAUUUCCAAAAAAAGUCAUUCAUUGCCCAAUAUGAGAGACGGGCAACUCCUCUCAGAUGAACUUGGGAUCUAUCUUCCCCCUCGCCCCCUCACACCAAUAGUGCCCAGUCGCUAUGCUGAGUCAGCAACAGAUGGCAAUCUUGAAGAGUCCAUGGCCAUAGCCGAGGACCUCCGCAAGCUAGUUCAAGGCUCCCUCCUCAGAAGUGGUAGCAGAAGAGAUGAGAGUGAGGACGCAGAACUGCCUCCCAUCAUUGGAGCACUGACACGACGCAGAGCCAAUGUAACCAAACUCCAGCAGCUUCAGGAGACACUUAGAUGCCUCCAGGAAGAGGAGAUGGCUGAGCAACAGCUGAGAGAUAUGGUAGCUUUUGCACCACCCACUCACCCUCAAGCCGCCACGGUGAAUCUUCAAAUACAACAUGGCAUGGUAGCAAAGGCAGCUGACCUACAAGUGUCCGACAGAGUACUUGUUGACUCUGUGGCUAUUCAGAGAUACGGGCCCUUGUACAAUGAUCUUCUGGGAGAGAUUGAUACUGCUACAGUGAGUUACCUGGAUGCAAACCUUUCAGCUGGGGAAGAGAUCCGGGAAAUUUACAAGGAACUGAUAAAAAUCAUCCCCACAGAGUAUCUGAGAUUUGACCAAGGACCCUUGAUAGAGCCUGCAGCUGUGAACGUGGACUUAUCCAACAGCUUGGCUUCCUCCACACUGACCAAAAGGAAAAGUGAGCAGGUAAUCAAUACAGAAUUGAAUAAGCUGCUGCCCGCUGGACCGUUCAGCACCCAGAAAGUCAUUACACCAGUGCAAUCAAGUUUGCCCCUCAUGAUUGCCCGUGAACAAAAAACCACUUGGUAUCAGUGGUGGAAAUCUGCCCUUAACGCCGAUGACUACCUGAAAUAUGUCUCCACCAAGGAGUCUGAUUACCUGCAUGUGAUAUUUCAUUUGUACAAUGAGGGGGAGGAGCCACUUUUAAUAGAUGAAGCCCAAAAGAAACAAUUGGAGGAAGCACUGAGAGAGGUAAAACGGAAAGUGGCAGAGGUCCGCUCAAAGAGAGAGAAGUACAUGCCUGGGAUGUGGAACACAAACACCAUCAUGCUUGGCGGGCUUGGGACUUUUGAGGACCAGGACCGUAAGCCUGAAGACCUCAGACUGCUGCAGAAGCGACUGGAAAGACUCUGGGAAGUUCUUCAUUUCCCUGAUAGGGAGAGGCUUGAUAUGGCGAUUAAGUACAGCUCCAACCAGUCUUACACUCAGCUCCCAGCUAUGCUCAAAGCCUGGGAGAAAGCAGCAAAGAGUAUCCAGGAACGGGAGCUCUUGCUGUUAGAGCUGGAGAAGUUUGAGCAAACCGCCUCUGACCCAAACCGCUUCUUCGAAAGGAGCCUUGAGUCUUCCGCCACACGCACCUGGGAGUCGAGGACCAGAGGCCGCCUGUAUGCAGCGAUCGCCCAGUGCGACACCGACCUCUACAUCAUUCUGCACCAGAUCAAGGAGAGGUUCCAUGACACUGUGACUUUCAAGGGCCGCCCAUACUUGGAGAAGAUGCGGUGGGACAAAGUGGAGAUGCUGUACUGGCUGCAGCAGGAACGUCGUGCUGGUGCCCUGGCAAAAGAAACGGGGAGAGAGGCGAGGCUUUGGAAGCUACCUCCACUGGCUCAGGUAGGCAGCAGUGCGGGAGUCUCUCCCCCAUCCCAGUAAUGUGCAAAGGAAAACGGAUCAGCUGGGUAAAUGACUCAAUGGGGACAGUUCUUUGAUCUUGCCAGGCCAAAGUAAGGAUCUUCUGUACAGUCACCCUGUGAUGGAGAAUCAUCAGAAGAGGGUGAGGGAAGUGCCAAACAAGAGCAAUAAAUACAUUACAAAGCCAGAGGAGUAAAUUAUUCCCUGGAUCCAUUACUGGCUGGUGGAUCUGUUCUGGAGUCAGCGUACACAGCUUAGAGCAGCAUCACUCACAUGCCUAUCCUUGUAGAAAAUCCAGGGAGCAAAGCUGGGUUCAGGGAGGCAUAUGCCAGUGUUUGGAGCACCCAAGGUGAAAUGCAGCAGCCAGAAGAGGGAUGGGGAGACAGACCUCAGGAGACCAUCAGGAGAAGGUGGGGAGGAAAUUGUGAGGAAGUAUGGAACACCAUGCAGGAAGAGAUGGGUACUGGGAUGGGGGAAGAGAAAGGAUUCACUGGAGUAGGGGACAUAUAAGGAGAAGGAAUGAUGCAGGGAGGGAAAACAAACCAAGUUAUUUUGGGCCAUAAACCCUCUAGAGAUGGGGUUCAAAACACUCAGCAUUGGCUUAACUCUGCUCCCACUUAUAUCAGUGGUAUUUUCGCGCUGACUAUAAUGGGAGCAGAGUCAGGUUUUGCAAAGCCCAGCCCUAGAGAGUUUAUAUUCUCUGAAGGCCAACAUUCACUAAAAGGCCCAGAAUGGGCAGAAGGAUCUUGGUCAGUGUAAUGCUAGGUACAAGCAAUGAGCUUGUUGGGAUUCUUCAGUCUACGUUACAUAGUUCAAGGAGUUGGACUGUAUGAUCCAACUGGGCAUUUCUGGACUUCAUAUCAAUUAACCCAAUGGGCCUGGGACCAUCUAAAACAGCUAUAAAAAUGGCACCCACAUCUCCUCAGUGCUGUGGGGGAUUGGAACUGGACGUUGCUUGGAGAAAGAAGAGUUGGGAGUCAGCCCAGAUACCACAGCUCAGCACGGCUUUGAAGGAAAAUUGAGCUACAGCAAACUAAGGCCACUUCACUUCUGAAUGAGAGCAUCUACAGGGCUUAAUGCCCUUAACUUCACUCCUUCAGUUAAUUCAGCUUUCCAGCGUGUCCCUGUGUAGAACAACCCUCACAGGCAGCCAAAACCAGACUGCCUGAAUACUUGGAAGUCACUUUAACCCAGUGUCCUCCGCCACAAGAUCAUGCUCUGCAGUGAGGGUUCUUCCCAGACCCCAUGUCACCUGCCCAGUGUCAGCUGAAGGGGACUUUUCCAACAUAAGGAGCAAGAAUAUUUUAUUAUGGAAAAUAUCUAUUAACCCCUCCAUACCCUAUUCAAAAUGGCACAACCACAUCAGAUGCAAACUAUUAAAGUCACCUGUAGCGACAGAUUGAGCCUGGAAAAUUACAGCCCCAGAAAUUAAUUUGUCCAACUUAAGAGACCAUCCCUUCAGCUUUAAUGACAGCAAUCCCACAGUACUAUUCAUCUGUAGAGCUCAGUGCACUUUCUAAAGAGUAACCACAUGGAGACAGGCAGAGGAAAUAAUAUAUACACAAGGGAAGGAUGAGGCCCGCAUAGAGCGGUGUAGAUGGACAGGUGGGAUGUGCCUAGGUGCAAACUCCACCAAGAAAGUAAGUUUGCAUUUAUACAGCACGAUGGAUGGAGCAUCCAGCUUCUGAGGACAGUCAGUUUUA